AAAGUAAAGAAGACCACAGUAAGAUGUGGAAGAGAACUGAUCCUCAAGCCAAGAUGAAAGCAGGAGAUAGGCCCCAGACUUGCCAUUCUCUGGCUCUGGGGUCUGCCACACAGACAACAUUGCCACACCUUCUAGAACUGCCAGACUUUCAGGGCUUCUCCGUGUUUGAGGACAUUAGCCAUCACAUCAAAGAAGUAGGAGCCCAACUGGUAAAGAAAGUGAACGCCAUCUUUCAGCUGGACAUCACCAAAGAUGGGAAGACCAUUCUGCAAUGGACCAUUGACCUUAAGAAUGGUUCUGGGGACACGUACCUGGGAUCUGCCCGGCUUCCAGCAGACACUGUCUUCAUCAUUCCUGACUCUGUAUUCAUGGAGUUAGUUGUGGGUAAGAUGAACCCACAGAAGGCUUUCCUGGCUGGCAAGUUCAAAGUGAAAGGCAAAGUUUUUCUUAGCCAGAAGCUGGAGAAGAUCUUCAGAGACUGGGGCAAAUUUUAA